AUGAUUCUGUUAAUAAUUGGGCUUGUUCUCUUCCUCUGGACUGUCGUUCUCUCAAUUAUCCGACUCCAUGCCAUAAUACCCUACUUUACCCCCACGCCUCCUCCACGGUUCGUAGACCGAAAAGUCCGCCCUGCAAUCAUGAUACUCCUCGGCUCGGGCGGCCACACCGCCGAAAUGCUCUCCCUCUUCAGCACAAUGUCCCCAGAUCGCUACAACCGCACCUAUGUCUUCUCCUCCGGCGACACCUUCUCCGCCGCCAAAGCCGUUGCCUUUGAGCGCGCGCUCGGCCCUAGCAAAAGCGGGAAAUUUGGCUAUAAACUCGUCGAGAUCCCACGUGCCCGUAGAGUCGGCCAGAGCUGGCUCACGACGCCUUUCAGCUGUCUGCUGUGUCUGUGGGGGUGUCUGAAGGCAUUUAUGAACCCUGGGAUACCGAAUACAUUGGUGUGUAAUGGUCCGGGCUCGGCAGUGAUGAUGGUGGCUAUCUGCCUGCUUUUCAGGUUCUUUGGAUUCAGGACGAGGACGGUGUAUGUGGAGUCUUUUGCGAGGGUGAAGACAUUGUCACUGUCCGGGAAGCUGCUGUAUCCGUUCGUGGAUAGGUUUGUAGUGCAGUGGCCGGGGCUAAAGGAAAAGUGGACGAGGGCUGAGUAUUUGGGAGUUCUGGUUUAG